AUGGCAAUGUUGUGCACAGCUACACUCAGCAGUUCUGUUUUACCAAAGAGUCCAUCACCGGCUCAUUUGGGUUCCUUACAGAGACAAAGCCAAUUCAUUACUGGCCCUAUUGGGGGAGUCCCAUAUCUGAAGAGUGCAAGGAAGGGUUCGUCUUCAUCUCCUUCUUUUACCAUCAGAUGUUUGAAAGGUGUUGCUGCCCCUACAGCCGAUAUUCUUAGUCGCCUUUUCAAUGGAGGAGUUACCCCAACCCCUAUUCCAGACCCAACAGCCGUUACAAGACAAGACUUCCCUGCUGAUUUCCUUUUUGGCGCCGCCUCUUCUGCUUUGCAGACGGAAUCAUCGGCAACAGAAGGAGGGAGAGGACCCAGCACCUGGGAUUCUAUGCUAGAAGGAGCAGAUGCAGUCAACUCGUACAACCAAUACCCAGAGGAUGUGCAACAGCUUGUGAAAAUGGGAGCUGAUGCUUACAGGUUAUCCAUCUCUUGGACUAGGAUCCUCCCUGAUGGAACAAUAGCUGGCGGUAUAAACCAACAGGGUAUUGAUUUCUACAACAAGUUCAUUGAUGAACUAGUCAAUAAUGGUAUAACCCCAAUUGUGACACUUUUCCACUUCGACUUGCCCACGGCAUUGCAGACUAAGUACAAUGGGUUCUUGGACACCCAGAUUCUAGAUGACUUCAAAGCCUAUGCCGAUCUUUGUUUCAAAAAUUUUGGAGAUCGAGUAAAGUAUUGGGUUACUGUCAAUGAGCCACAAGUGUUUGCACAAUAUGGGUACAAAAUAGGGAUGAACCCACCAGAUCCACUCCCAGUAACAAAUCCAUUCGUUGCCGCACAUAACAUCAUACUAGCCCAUGCCACAGCUGCUAAAUUGUACAGAGAUACUUACCAGCCAACUCAAAAGGGAGAGAUUGGUAUUCCACUAGUGACCCAAUGGUUUGAGGCAUACGAAUCUGGACGACCUGAUGACAAUGCAGCGAAGAGAGCGUUUGACUUCCUCACGGGAUGGUUCUUGGAGCCCCUGAUAUAUGGUGACUAUCCAUUCAUAAUGAAAGCUUUGGUGGGCGAUAACCUUCCAACAUUUACUGAUGACCAGAAAGCUUUAGUUAAAGGAUCAUGUGAUUUCAUCGGUGUUAAUUACUAUACUUCUAGCUAUGCAAAGGAUCUUCCAAUGUUAGGUCCAAAUGACACAAUUACUAGCCAAGCUGAUUUUCAACGAGCUAACCUCACGUCUGCGAAUAGCCAAGGGGUGCCCAUUGGGCCACAGGCACCAGGGAGUCCUUCUAUCUAUGUUUACCCACAAGGGCUAAGGGAUGCGCUGAUAUACAUAGGCAAUAAUUAUGGCAAUCCGAAAAUCAUCGUUACUGAGAAUGGAUAUCCCGAGAAGCGAGACGACACCAUUCCAGUGGAGACUGCCAUACAGGAUGAUGCUCGAAUUCAGCAUAUGAUUGGUCAUCUUUACGCAAUUUCCGAAGCGAUAAAGGCAGGAACAAAUGUCAAAGGUUACCUCAUGUGGGCUUUGAUGGAUUGUAUGGAAGUGGGAUCAGGUUAUAAUGUUCGGUUUGGCCUUGCCUACGUAGACUACCUGAACAAUUACAAGCGAACAGCAAAGAAAUCCUCAGGUUGGCUCUAUUCUUUCUUGAAUGCACCGGCACCGGCACCCAAAACCAAAGCCACACUCACACCCGCACCCGCACCCAAGAGACUGAAAUCUGUCUCUGUUUGAUGCUAAUGGACUUUGUUUGCCACUGGUCAUUUACUUGUAUCCCAUAUAAGGGAGAGCGGGGGAGUAAGUGGUGUUAUCUUUUUCUUCACUGUUUCUUCCUAGAGGUAUGUGUACUUUGUGUAGAAUAAAUGUAGUACUUGUUAUUUCAAGUAUCAUGUCCUAUAUAAUAGUUUUAAAUAAUCGAUUGCAGUGGCAUUCUAAUGUCAUCUAAUUA